AUGCAUCUCGUCUCUGUGGAAAGUAACAAAAUUGGAAAUAUAUUUUCGGUAACCAAAAAACCAUGGCAUCUUCAAAGUCCACAACUUUACAGAACGGGGUACCAAGUCCUCAGCCAUUGAAGAGAGACAGCCUGUCAUCCUUGAUUUUGAUCGCACGUUCGAGCAAAUUCAUACAUCCGCAGCUCGUAUGCGAGAUCAUGUAUUGCAGCUUGAAAACCACGUUUUGGACAGAACGGAACUGUACAAGAACUCUGGCCGUUUACGCACCAUUACCGCUGUGCCUCUUGCGAACGAGCCGGCUGAUUUGAAGGAUACAACGGGCAACGCGCAAAGCGACCAGUCUGUACAGCCUGGAGCUCAAACCGCAAAACUUCUUCUUACUGCUCGGCAGCGAUAUUCAUACGAUCCAGAAAUCCGAGACAGUUUGGCCUUCAAAACAGUAUAUGGUCCAUAUAUUGUGCUUCGCCAAGUGGAUGAGUCGAGUACUGACGGGGCUAUCUCAAGAAGAUACAAAGACGACAUUGAAGAACGGAAAAGACAAGCUUUUGAUUUACUUCAUGGUUCAUUUCCCCUGCUCGGAAAAGCUGCAUAA